CCCACGUGUCGAAUGGUCAUGAAAGCCCCUCGCAUUCUACGCAUAAAAGCGCGAUAGCAAUCUAAUUUUCCAAUAAUGUGUGGUGGGAGGCCGCUUAGACCGCUUAGACCGCUGGCUUGCGUCACUGUCCGGUCAAUGAAUCUGUAUCGGGGGUUUUCAUCGGGAGUCCUCCGGGACUUCCUACGGGUCUCCCGGAAUCGGCUUCGCAUUAAGCCAUGAACAGUUUGGAUAAUGACGGCCCGGCGGGAGAGGCUUGGCUAGAGUAUUCAAAUAUCGUCCUUAGGUCCCUCUAUCUCACUCAGAAAGACAAGUCUGCUCUCAGUUUCUCAUCCCCGGCCAAGUCCUGUCUGUCCAACUCAGACGUCCACUCUUUCACGCCAUGCUGCAACAACUUGCCGUCCUCGCCUCGGCGGUGGGCAUUUGCCAUGCAACAACUCAGAUCGUCACCGGCGCCACUCUUUUCGUCGGAAACUCAACACCCAUCGUCAACACCUCAUAUGCCCAGUUCCAAGGCAGGAACGACGACAGGACCGGCACAUCGAACUAUCUUGGGAUUCCUUAUGCUACUGCCGCGAGAUUUAACCACUCGGUACUAGCCGAGACCGUCGUCCCCGGCGUGCAAAACGUCUCAGCCUACGGCGUCGUCUGCCCGCAGCACGAGCUCCCCUCCUCCAUCGAUCCCUCCGUGCUACCCCUCGGCAGCCUAUCCGGCACCCUCGUCGCCGCACUCUCGCAGUCGACCCUAGAGCAGGGAGAGGACUGCCUCUCGAUCAACAUCCACGUGCCGCAGAAUACGAGCAGCACCGCCGGUCUCCCCGUGCUAGUGUGGAUACAUGGCGGCGGCUUCGAGGCUGGCGCGGGCGGCUCACUGAUGCAAGCCGACGUCGAAAACCCGGGAGUGGUCUACGAGGCUGCCAACAUUGUCGAGCGAAGUGUUGCCAUGGGACAGCCCGUCAUCGUGGCCUCAAUCAACUAUCGGUUGAACCACUUCGGCUUCAGCGCUUCUGAGGAGCUGGCUUCCGCUGGCUUGCUCAACCUAGGCUUUGGUGAUCAGCGUAACGCUUUGCGCUGGGUCCACAAGCAUAUUGCCUCGUUUGGCGGUGACGCCGAUAAGGUUACUAUCUGGGGCGAGAGCGCCGGCAGUUGGUCAGUGGCUGCGCAUCUCGUGGCCAACGACGGCGACAACGAGGGUCUCUUCCGGGCGGCUGUUGGGAGCUCCGGCGGACCGCUCAAGGUUGAUGGCCCUGAGAGACAACAGGAAACUUUUGACUCUCUGGCUAGUUACGUUGGUUGCAAUGAUGCCACGGACGUGAUCGCCUGCUUGAGGGAAGCCUCCUACGAUGACAUCUACACUCACAUGCAAACGGUGCCAUACUUCCUCGGCUAUAACAGCUUGGCCUCAUCGUGGACCAUCCGCCCCGAUGGCGAGGUCUUCACAGACAGCCCCGACAAGCUGGUGAGCGCGGGAGCCAUCGCCAACGUUCCUCUUCUCUGGGGCGACAUGCGGGACGAAGGCACCCUUUUCUCGCUCAUCAACGCCGCCAGCACCACCACCGACGACGAAGUGAUGGACUACUUCCUGAGAACCUGGUGGCCCAACGCCACCGACGCGCAGCUCGAGCAGAUUCUAACGCUGUACCCGGCCAACCAGACGGCCGGCUCACCUUUCGGCACGGACGAGAACAACGCGCUAUACACGCAGUUCAAGCGCAUCUCGGCCAUCACUGGUGACUACAGCUUCGAGAGCCAGCGACGGCAGCUACUUGAUGCCGCGCCGGCGCUGCCCGCGGCGGUCCUGGAUGGCUCGGCGACGCUAGGCGACGUCACGGCGGCUGAUUAUGCCGAUGCCGAUGCGCUCGAGGCGAUCCCGUAUCUUGGAAGCUUCCACGCGAGUGAUGUCGUGUUGAACUUUUUUGGCACGCUGCCGGCGAACAACUCCCGCCACAUGAUGGGCACGCUGAUUGCGUUUGUCAACAACCUGGACCCCAACAAGCACGACAUGAGUGAUGUACCUACUUGGCCGCAGUACGAGUCGACUAGCAGGUCAACGAUUCUGUGGAGCGAAACUGGCGCUGAAAUUGUGGCCGAUGACUAUCGUGAGGAGGCGAUCGCGUAUUUGAACGAGAUCGGGGAUUCUCUGCGUAUUUGA